UACACGAUCAGUUAUUGCCGUGGGUGCAGAAGAAACGUGAGAAUAAUUGAUCGUCAAUGGCGUACAUAAACGGGCUUUGAUGCAGUUUUCACAGGUAAGAUCCGGACAGUACAUUAUUUAUUAUAAUUUACAAUAAACCAACAAAGUCGCGGACAUCUGCUAGUGGUUUAUAUAUGAAAUGAUUUACAUAACUGUAUAAUAUUGUAAUAUUGUUUUAUUAUGAAUUCUUGGCUAUUUUGAGGAAAUCGUGCUCAGUUCACCAGUUUUACCUACAACCAGUUCCAGUCCAAUCAUUGCAUAUAGUUCACGUGCAAAAAAAUGAUUUAAAAUUUCAAAUUUAAAUGACUGUACUGUCACAUGAACCAGUUUUUACAGUGAUGUAUUUCUGAACUUUACGACUUUUCUGUUUUUAAAUUUUGGUUGCUACGGUCUCAAAGAAGAUGGGUGUGCAGGCUAUACUCAGCAUACAGCAGGCAUUCAGUGUCAUUGGCACUCUCAUGCUCACAGCCUACUUAUUCCCAAAACAAGCUAAUGUUGUAGAUUAUGAAGAAUUUGACUACAUAGUGGUGGGUGCUGGGUCCGCAGGCAGCGUGAUUGCUGACAGACUGUCCGAGUGGCCCAACAACAGGGUGUUGGUGAUAGAGGCUGGCGGCGAUCCACCUGUGGAGUCCUUAAUUCCAGGCCUACUUCCCUUCUUGCCACAAACCAAGUAUGACUGGAACUUCACCUCUGAGAACGAUAACUACUCGUCACAGUCUCAUACAAUCAAGGCUCUGAAUCUGACGUGCGGUCACAUGCUCGGUGGCGGCAGCAGCAUAAACUACAUGAUGUAUGUGCGCGGUUGUGCCGGAGACUAUGACUCCUGGGCGCAAACAGUUCAAGACGAAACCUGGAGCUAUCGAAGCAUUCUCCCGUACUUCCUCAAAAGUGAAAAGCUUAAAGAUCCAGAAAUAUUAAGCUCUCCCGCUAAAUUAUUACACGGUACUAACGGGUUUUUAGGAGUGACUAGAGAAAAUAGACAGGAGACGUUCAAAUAUUUAGAUGCGUUCAAGGAAGCAGGUCAUAAUAUUGUAUUUGAUGUCAACGGCAGGAAUAGCAUCGGUUACACGUUACCUUUGUAUACAAUUGCAGACGGGAUCAGACAAACCACUGCGUACGUAAAUCUGGGUGCAAGCAAAGAUAGAAAGAAUCUGCAUGUUUUAAAAAAUACUCUCGUUACAGAAAUUCUGUUCGAUAAGAACCGCAACGCAAUCGGAGUGAAGGCCAUAAGUGCUGACAAUAGAGUUCUAACUAUUCUAGCAAAAAAGGAAGUGAUCGUAUCUGCCGGUGCACUCAACACUCCUAAACUCCUCAUGCUCUCCGGCAUCGGUCCUAAAGAACAUCUACAGUCCAUGAACAUAAAUGUAAGAAGUGAUCUCCCUGUCGGGCUGAACUUGCAAGAUCACGUUGUAGUCAUUAUCGCCUUCAAAACGGAAAGAACUAAUGCACCCGCAGAACCCGCAAAUCCUAACCAAUUUCCUAUUCCUUUAGUGGUAGGCUAUGCAACAGUUAAUAAAUCUAGCCCUUGCGCCGAGUACCAAGUUUUCAACUUCGUAACUCCAAGUAAUAGCGCAGCGAUCUACCAGCUGUGCGUAUUUAAUCUUGGGUAUGAAGAAUCUCUUUGCCAAAAAUUACUGGAAGCCGGUAUAGGCAGAAACAUGCUAGUGGGAAUGCUGAAUUUACUUCAUCCCAAAUCAAGAGGCCGGGUUACUUUACGCAGCAAAGAUCCCCUGGACCCACCGGUCGUAAACUUGGGCACGAUGUCGGAUGUACGGGAUCUAAACAACAUGGCGGCGUACCUGCAAGACUACGCUAAGGUAAACAACACAUCUUAUUUCAAGAGCGUGAACGCAGAAUUAGUCGACUUGCAAAUAGCGCGUUGUGCAGGUUUGCCACUAGGCAGCCGAGAGUACUGGCGCUGCAAUGCCCUGUACAUGACGUCGACUAUGUUCCACUAUGCUGGCACUUGCGCCAUGGGCACUGUAGUCGACACCCGCCUACGUGUGCGGAACGUAAAACGUCUCCGCGUGGCGGACGCAAGCGUGAUGCCCACAUUACCCAGCGGGAACACCAACGUGCCCACGAUCAUGAUCGCAGAAAAAGCUGCCGACAUGAUAAAAGAGGACCACACACAUAAUAACGGCGGUAGCUACUUCAGUUCUAAAUUCUCUAGUUGGUUAUUUAUAUAGUAUACUAGAGUAGUAUACUAGAGGACGCCUGCGACUUCGUCCGCUCUUAGACCUCUUUAAUCCAGCUCUUACAGUACUGUAGUAUCGUUUUAAAAAUAUAGAUAAAAAAAUACAACCGACUUCAAAAUCAUAAAAAUGUUUCUACUAAAGUAAUAAAAUCUUUUUAACAAAAAAAUUGAACCUAUUUCAAAAUCACAAAAAUAAACUCAAAAACGAAAAAUAACAUCGUAUGUGCUACCUUCUGAUCACUUUGAAGUCGGUGCCAAGCCAGUGACGUAUUAAUUAAAGCCUUUUCUGAAAAAAACACGGGAAAGGACCACGGUCUUUAAAUCCUAAAAGUUUAUCAUUUAAUCGUCUUUGGUUUAUAGUUUAUUUUUUUUUUCCAAAGAUUCAACAUAUGUAUUAGUAUAUUAUUUUCAAACAGCAGUAAUAUUGUGAUUGGAACCAUACCAUUACUUUGCAGUAUUACUGUAACUUGUGACGGGCGGCCCCGCUCUUCCAUAAUAUAUAGUAGACUAAUACAUUUGAUAUAAAUAAUCAUUAAAACUAAAUUACUAAUAAUAUACAAAAGUGCAUGUGUUUGUGUUUGUGAGUGGUUUGUGUGUGUUGUGUUUGAGUGGUGUGUGUGAGUACGUGUACAUGAGCAUGCGAGUUUGUGCAAGUUUUUAUAUUCCGAUUUAUGCUACACUUGAUGCAAAAGGUUUUCGGCUUGAUCAUAGUUAAGUUUAAGUUAAUGCAUCUAAAUGUGGGUUUACCUAAAAAUAACAAGUCAAAAUAUUCACACUUCCUGACUUAGGGCACUAUCGCAUCAAAACUGAGGCGUACAAAAUAAUGUACAUAAUUGUCUUUAUUUCAUUUAGUCGACAAAAACAACGAAAAUUAUUUAAACACAUAAUACCUAAAUAUUGUCUGCAAUGUCGAUGUGGGCCUCGUAAGAAGACUCAAAGUCACACAACGGGCGAUGGAAUGAGCUAUGCUCGGGAUAUCUCUGCGUGAUCGAAUCAGAAAUGAGGAGAUCUACAGAAGAACCAAGUCACCGACAUAGCUCAAUGAGUUGCGAAGCUGGAAUGGCGACCCCGCACUACAAAGUUCAGACCCCCCACCAGGUGCACUGACGACAAGCGAGUCGCAGGGAUUGGAUGCUGGAUGCAGGCGGCUCAGUAUCGUGAUGUUUGGAAGUCCCUACAAAAGGCCUAUGUCCUGCAGUGGACGUCCAUCGGCUGAUAUGUUGAUAAUGAUGAUGUUUAGGAAGUAUAAAAACUGUAUAUAUACAUAAAUAGUUAUAUAAUGUAAUUAGGUAAACACAAAAUUAUGCAUGUGCGUUCAGUUGCUAAAUUCGGAUCACUUUUUGCGGCUAUUUUGUAGUAACACGUAACAUAUUUAUAGUAUAAAAUGAUCAUUGGAGUGAACUGUAAACGCUUUUCCUUUUGCUAGUCUCUACCUGAUAGAAAAUCACUUUAAUUUUACCUUGUCUAAUCGUAUAAAAUUAAAUAAAUAUUUACAA